GAGUUUCUAUGUGAUCAUACGUGCAUAUGUGUGUGGGUAUAUGUGUGUAUGUGAUAAAAGCCGGUUCGAUGCUCCCGCGCUUUAAAAUGAUGCCCUUCAAAUGAGCAAAAAAUGUUUACUCGUCACAGAUUCGUUUGUAAUGAUCUUACCGAGUACGGGAUCAUCAUAUGAUGGGAAAAUAAAACGCUCAUCUGAUGGCGAUAAUCAUCAUUGCUUGUUUACCCUCCGAGGCAGGUGGGUUUACUUUGGUGCGAUAAUCUUUGAACAGCUAUAUAUGUAUUUCCCUAGCUGAACUGCACAACAAUUUCUCAGCAAAGGGAAUAGAUAAUGGAACGAACUGGGUGUAAAACAGACCUUGAAUUGUUUUCAAAAUAUUAAGACGGUUUGAAUCUCAUUCAAACAAAGCGCCUUAUAUACGGGAUUAAUUUCUGUUUGUAUGAAGUCUAUUGGCCUGGAAAAUUACUGAUAUCUUUGAGAGAAGUUCUAAAUAUUUCCCUAGUAACACAAUAAACCCCCAGCAAUGAUGCAACACUAAUGCUUUCUUUCGCCUUCUAUGGGAGUGUACUUCUCGUUAUGGCUAUAGGAAGGUGACGCGAAACCAAUGUGCAAAUCAUUCCGCACCCUCUUCUUGCAAAUCAUUGUCCAAAAUUCAUCGCAACUCAGACACAAACACAACGGCAAAUAAACCGAUGAUAAUUCAUUAUCUACAAAGCCAACAUGCGUACAUUCUGCUAUGGAUUAGUGUGAUAUGACCACACUGCUCUCGAAUGUGUGCGUAUAUUCGUGGGACUAUGUUUAUGGAAUGGGUUCUCUUCAGCAUUAGUUUCGUGCGACGCGUUCAUGAAGGAAGUAUAAUAAAUUUGGCGCUCCAUCAAGGUGACUCACACGAUUUCGACGCAAAAAUGUUUCUGCUGUGGGCAUUGCCGUUGGCGCUUUAUCUGUUCUAUCGGUGGAGUGUCGCUACGUACGAUUACUUCGAGAAGCGCAACAUCCCGUACGUGAAGCCGGUUCCGUUUUUCGGUCAGGUGUGGUCAUUCUUUACCCAAGGAAAGCAUGCUGUAGAUGUCGCCUCCGAAGGUUACUACAUGUUCCCGAACACACGCAUCUCGGGUGUGUUUACGCUGCGCACACCGUCCUACCUGGUUCACGAUCCGACAUUGUACAAGCAGAUGGCGAUUAAGGACUUUGAUCACUUUACGGAUCAUGUGACGGAGUUCUACACGGAUACGGAUCCAAUUCUGGCACGUUCGCUCUUCUUCACCAAUGGAACGCAUUGGCGUCAGCAUCGGUCCGGUUUGAGUCCGGCCUUUACCGGCAGCAAAAUGCGCAGUAUGUUCGGACUCCUGUCCAAGAGUGCCGGUGACGCAAUGGACCGGUUGGUGGUGUUCUCCCGCGACAAAUCCUUCACGAUGGAGCUGCGAGAUUUAUACUCGCGACUCGGCAAUGAUGUGAUGUCGUCGAUUUCCUUCGGAGUCGAGGUGGAUUCGCUGACGGAUCGUGAAAAUGAGUUCUUCCUGAAAGGUAAACGGUUGGCACAAAUAGAUGGACUGCCCGGGUUAAAGUUCCUGAUGGCUACCACCAUCCCGAAAGUAUUCCGCUUCCUGCGGCUCAGUGGCAUGUAUAAGGAUGUGAACGAGUUCUAUCUGGAUGCGGUGUCGCGGAAUAUUAAGUUGCGCGAAACGAAUCGAAUUACCCGGCCGGACUUUAUCCAUCUGCUGCUGCAAGCGCGCAAGAACACACUUGGGGCGGAAAAACAUGAUGAUGAAACGCUGCAGGACGCGGGCUUCUCCACCGCGCAGACUCAUGCCGUCGAGCAGAAGGGAGAAGGAAAGUUGAGUUGGGAAGAUAUUGACAUAGCGGGCGCUACGGCUUCCUUCUUUUUCGGAGGUAUUGAGACGACAACCACAUUGCUGUGCUUCGCGAGCUACGAGCUAGCCAUAAACCCAUCGAUCCAGGAUCGUUUGAGAGAGGAAAUUGACGCAACACGGGAGGAAUUGGAGGAUGGAAAAACACCAACCUACGAGAUACUGCAGAAGAUGAAGUAUCUGGACAUGGUUGUCUCGGAAACGCUGCGUCGUUGGACACCGCUCGGACUUACCAAUCGCAAGUGUACCAAGAACUACACAUUUACCAACACGAACGGCACACAGGUGACGAUCGAACGAGGUCAAAAUGUAUCGAUACCACUGAAGUCCUUCCAUCUGGAUGCGAAAUUCUACCCCGACCCACUGCGAUUUGAUCCGGAACGAUUUUCUGAUCCGCACAACAUCAACCAGGACGCGUAUGUGCCAUUCGGGACGGGUUUGCGAAACUGCAUUGGCUCUCGGUUAGCUUUGAUGCAAGCGAAGUGCAUUCUAUUCCUAAUGCUAUCGAACUUCAUCAUCAAACCCGACACGAAACUGACCAUUCCCAUUGUGUUGGAUGAAACAUCGGCCGGUCUCAACGCGAAACAUGGCUUCUGGAUGAAUUUGGUACCAAGGCGCACAUAAGCCUGCCCGAAGCGAUUGUGAUAAGAUAACGAUAUGAUAGAAAGGAUGGGUCUGCUUUAAACUGGUUCACAUAACCGAAUUGAAGCCAGCGACUGUGAAUGUGUAGUUGUACGAUAACGAUUCCAUACCCUUUUUUGGACUAUUGCGGACGCUACCGUAAUCGCGUCUGAUUUUGGUCAAUCAGCGAAAUGAUAUGUGUUCCAGCAUUGUCGAAAUAAAUGCACACCUUCUAUACAGCCACG